AUGGGUGAAGCUUCUCUCGGCAACGCUCGCGCUGUCGUUAGUUUUAUAUAUGGUUUGGCAGAAAAAUCUCGUGGUGUACUGGGAAAAUUACUCGGGUCACGAGUGAUGCGAGGGAACUCUGGUAGGCGACAGACGGGCGACCCGUGUGUUGGGGACUUGGGCGACGGGCAACAGGCAUUGCGUGGGCAUGUGGGACUUCCUCGAGGAGUCAUGGACGACACUCGCGACGUUCAUUUUCCCGCCACCGGCGCCGCCCACGCCGCCGUAAUCCGGCGAGCAGCUAUUCGUGGAAGAUUCAACUGGUUCUUGAUUCUUGAUGACGACUCACUGGUGGCUGAGACUUUUAGGAUUAAGUCAAUCUGGUGUGAUGAACAGAGACCGGGCUUGGUUGGGAUUGAAAUUAGCAGCCUAAGGAAAGUUCGCCUAACCCAGACAAUUGAGUCAGCAUUAGGGCUGACUGGCAUUGAAGGUGCAUUGUUCACCCUUUAUCUAAACGGGGAAAGUCGAGCAAUGGCAAAAGGCUUGAUUUGGGUCAGUGCAGAGGACAUGGCCAGAAACAGAAGCAAGAUACUAAGGACCCUUAAUUCGCCCAACGUGCCUCUCAACCUGGCGGCAAGGCUGGCCAAGAAAGCCGAGGCUCGGGCUAUUUUCAUGUUGGCUUCUGAGGAGAGUGUUUGGCUUUCUGGUGAUUUGUUCGUGGGUGAGGGACAGAAAGAGACAGAGACAGAUCGAUAG